GGCUCGCGCUGGACACGUCACGUGUUCGGGCCCGACUUCCGGUGAAAGGACCGUUGGUCGGUUUCCAGGCGUCUUAACGGUUUUGGCCGUGGACGUCCCGGAAGGCUGGAUACCACAGCUAACGUCGCGAGCCCUCCGGACUCCGGUGCGGCAGGUCCUGAUACCAGAGAAGGAGUAGGUGGUUUGCCAGACUCAGGUGACCAGGCAGUUUCACACAUAAACCCUCCAGCAAAUUUAGAAAUAACUAGGCCCAACACAGAGGAAGUGGAGUGCUGCUGUUGCACAAAAAAGAUGUCGAGUGGCUCCAGUGAAGUGGAUGUGAAAAGAACACGAAUACCUGCUUAUGAUGAUGAUAACACUGUUCUUUAUGCAUAUGAACCACAUACUGCAUAUGUCCAUAAUCAGGAAGCUGUUCUAUCUGACACAUCCUACAACGAAGAGCAACAAAAAACAGUUCAGGACGUCCUUACUCAUUGUCAGGUCAUCUAUGAUGCCAUUCAAAACCUGGAUAAGAAAUUUGAUGUCAUUGAUGGAAAAGUCAAAAUCCACCGUUUACGUGUGAAAUCAAUAUGGCAAAAUCGCAAGCCAUUUCGAUAUGCAUACAAAAAUUACAAUUACCUGCUUUCCAGAAAGAUCAGGUUUCAGAAAAUGAGGAGAAAGGAGACUCCUUCUUCCUUAUCUGAACCUAAAAGCUAUAGCCCAACUAUUCCAGUAGAAAGGCCCAACUAUGAUUUCCAGAGCACCUCUCUAGAAACAUCUUACCAUGCAGAGCCAGAGUCCCCAGAACGGGAUCCAGAGUCACUCUACCAGCGGCGGGAAUCGCGCAUGAGCCAGAGUCCAUCGCUUCUCUCCAGCUUCACUACACAGUCAUACCGGCCAUAUUUCACACCCGAUCCAGUACAGAAGGGCUCCUCUUGCAUACCUUGCUAUGAUAGCCCAGAGGCCCACAGCACCACCAGUCUCUUCUCACCUCUCCGAGCAUCCACGGCGAUACCUGAAGGCUCAUUGACACAAGCUGAUCCCAGUUCACCAGAGAACCAUGACAUGAUGGCUUUUCCAAGUUCACUGGAAAAUAAGAGCCGGCAUACUGCCUCAUCCCUUUACAUCCCAGGCAACUUUGGUGAGUGUGAAAGGACACAUAUUACGAGUAGCACGAUUUACCUAUAUUCCUCAACAUGCUUGAUGCAAGACCAUUUCUCCCGACCUAACAUCUCUUUCAGGAUAAUGACCAGGUCAGGUUUGAUUGAGCUACUGCUCCAUGCCUUUGAACCCAGAAGCUCCUACCGCUGCAACAGCGGGUCUUGUAGUUCACUGGGGACGACGGGGCCCUCCCUGGCGGAAGCUCCAGGGCUGAGGCGCGAGUGCCCGGAAGCGGGGGGGCGGGGGUACCCCUUCGCUGAGAACCGCUGGUUCUGCACUGUGUGCUUUGUUGUUGAAGUUGAACCUGGAAAGCAACUCUCCACGGUGAGCAUGCACUUGGAGCAUGCGCUCUGA